GGAAGCUAUCCCGGCGGGCUGCGCGCGCGGCUGUGUUUGAAUGGCUCAGAGUGGGGCUCGGCCCGGGAGCCGAGGGACCAUCUGGGCUACCGAGCGCGGUUGGUUAGUGCCGGAGCUGGGCUGAGGCGCCGCGCUACCAUGAGGCGCCGAUCUAUUUGGAAACUGAGUAAAUAAUCAGAAGGAAAUUACUUAUGUAUAUUCAGUGGCAUCAGUUGACUACUUAGUGAGACGGACUCCAUUAUUAUGUAGCCCACAACAUUGUUUGGAUGAUUUCUCAAUCUGGAUGGCCUAUGUUAUUUUGCAGUAACAACCCCCAAAUCUCAGUGGCUUCAAAUAACAAAGGCUUAUUUCUCCUUGAUUCAUCUUACAUGUAUUUAAGAGAUUAUGGCAUCUGAAGCCCACAAUGUUAAAAAACGAGGCUUUUGUAAUAAUAUUGAGGAUCAUUCCACUGAUCUUCCUAGAAAAAGGAUCUCUAAUUUUACUAAUAAGAACAUGAAGGAGGUUAAGAAAUCUCCAAAACAGUUGGCUGCUUACAUAAAUAGAACAGUUGGACAAGCUGUGAAAAGCCCAGAUAAACUACGUAAGGUGAUCUAUCGCAGAAAGAAAGUGCAUCAUCCUUUUCCAAAUCCUUGUUACAGAAAAAAACAGUCCCCUAGAAGUGGGGGCUGUGACAUGGCAAAUAAAGAAAAUGAACUGGCUUGUGCAGGUCACCUGCCUGAAAAAUUACGCCAUGAUAGUCGAACAUAUUUGAUUAACUCCAGUGAUUCUGGUUCUUCACAGACAGAAAGCCCAUCAUCAAAAUAUAGUGGGUUUUUUUCUGAGGUUUCUCAGGACCAUGAAACAAUGGCACAGGUUUUGUUCAGCAGGAAUUUGAGAUUGAAUGUAGCUUUAACAUUCUGGAGAAAGAGAAGUAUAAGUGAACUUGUAGCUUAUUUGGUGAGGAUAGAAGACCUUGGAGUUGUUGUGGAUUGCCUUCCUGUGCUCACCAAUAGUUUACAGGAAGAAAAACAAUACAUCUCACUUGGCUGCUGUGUAGAUUUGUUGCCUCUAGUAAAGUCCCUACUUAAAAGCAAGUUUGAAGAAUAUAUAAUAGUUGGUUUAAACUGGCUUCAAGCAGUCAUAAAAAGGUGGUGGUCUGAACUGUCAUCCAAAACAGAAAUUAUAAAUGAUGGAAAUAUUCAGAUUUUAAAACAACAAUUAAGUGGAUUAUGGGAACAAGAAAACCAUCUUACUUUGGUUCCGGGAUAUACUGGUAAUAUAGCCAAGGAUGUAGAUGCUUAUUUAUUACAGUUGCAUUGAGAGACUUCAUCUACUAAAGAGCAUUUGAUUACUCAAAACGUCCCCAGAUUUCCAAAAAAAAAAAAAAAAAAGAAAGAAAGUCUCACCUGAGAACUGUGAAUUGUGGAAGAGAUCAAAACGUUUUUUGUUUUUUGUUUUUUUUAAAAAGCCACAUACAAAACCACUAAUGAAACCCUAGCAAUCUACUUCACAUUGAAGUGGAAAAAUAUCCAAAAGGAGCAGCUUCAACUUCAAAGAGGUGAAAAUGCACUAUGAAGAUUGUUCGUCUUUGCUGCAUUUGGGAUUUAUAUGGUUAUUUGGUAACAUUGUUUAAGAACCACUGGGUCUUAAUGCAGUCCUGCAUAAGAAUAUAAUUUAUACUAUGUCAGAAAGAAGACAGGACUUAUUACUAGGAAUCACAAAAACCAAUCAUCGUGACUUUUGUGAAGAUUGUGUUUUAUAAGAAAACACUUAAAUGUGUGCAGCUAUUUUCUUAUUUUGAAAAGACUUUGCAAGUUUAAAAUGUCAUAGCAAAUAAUCAAUACUAAAUAUUUGUCCACACUAAGAUACUGUGUAUACAAAAUGCCUUAAUUAUUAAUAAGCCAAUGCAUAUGAUACCAAUAUCUGUUUAAGAAAAAUUAAAACCAACCAUGCUUCUGGCAUGAUAAGAUCAUGGAAUUAAAUCAGGGGUUUCCACUCAUGUAAAAUGUUGUUGUUAAAACUAUUCCAUACCAUUUUUAAAACUUGAGAAUAUUUUUAGUAUCUCUGAUUUUUCUUUUUGCCAGAAUCAUUCUGUCAUGUAUGUAUGUGUUAUCACUAUAGAAAAGAAAAAGGUGAAUAUGUAUUCCUAUGAAUGCUUAACUAGAAAUGUCCAUGGAGUUGGCUAAUUUAUAUUCACUUUUUAUUGUAUAUGGAAUCCUAAUAUUUUCAGUUCUGUAUCAUUUAAGCUUUCUUCAUUUGAGUAAAUUCACUAAAUAUUUCUAUUUUUUGCUUUUUAAAAUUCUGCUUUUGUAUCAGUUCUAAUUCUUUUUCACUACUUAUGUUUUAAAGAAUUACAUACAAUGCUUUAGAACUGUUUACAGUUAGUGCUGACCUUGUGUUCUAAAUUCCAACACUUUACAUUACUACCUCCUCCAAUGGUUGAUAUGAAAUGCCAGCAGACUGUCUGAGGUCUUUUUUUUUAAUAUCAUUCUUAGUGUCAAUGAACCCACUUCUGGAAUGUCUUAACAGCUGCAUAUCUUACCUUAAAAGUGAUAGAGAUUCAAAAUACCACUGUUGAGGGUUUGUGCAUCAUCUCAUCUUUAUAACUCUGAGAGGCAUCUGAGUAAAGAUUUUUAGUAAUUGAAUUUGUUUCCAGAAAUCUUACAAGCACUUGAAUGUAAAUCUUUAUUUUAGCAUGUAUCCAGUUAGCCACUACUGAUGUGAAUCACAAGCAACUUUUUUGCUUUAAAAAUGUUAUCUUUCACUGAGUUCUGUUUUUUGUGUAGCUAUAUUUUAUAUAGCUAUGUAUUCCUCACAGCAAACAUCAAUUUUAAUCAUUGGUUCUUUUCUUAAGUCUUUAGAAUAAUUUAAGAUUACUGCAUUUCUGUGAUUUGAGAGUUAUUUAAGAAGUUGUUUUUCAGAAGGUGGGAAUUUGAAUAGUAAACCUGCGUCAUCUCUGUGAAACCUUAAGAUGAUGAAAUAGAACCUUUCUUUGUUCCUA